AUCAAUGAUAUCACUGAGUGUGGAGGACUUGAGAAGGUUGUUGUUGAGAAGGGAUCUAAGGAAAUUGUUUCUAAUGCUGAUCAAGUUCAAAAUGAAACAGUGAACCUUACUGACAACCUUGAGCUCAACAAUGCUCAACUUGUUGAGGUUGACAUUGCUACUUCUUCUCUUAGAAGGAGUCCUGUCCUUAAGAAAAAAUCUUCUUUUAUCAGAAAACCUAGAGAAAGGCAGUUGGUUAGUUGUGAUAUUAUGUGUGUUGACUCUGAAAGCAAAUUAGAGUUAGCGGAUAGAUGGUUCUAUGGGAAUCCUUCUGGUUCUAGAGGAGGGAUGUUAUUGUGUUGGUCAGAUCAAGAUAACAAAAACAAGAAGGUAGUGAAGAAGCUUGCUAAAAAGUACCAUGCUUACUCGCUGGUUUGCUUUUAUAACUUUGCUUAUAACUUUGCAUUGUUUGGUAUUUAC